CAGGUUCACUCACAGUGCGGCUCUCGAAACUACUUAUAUCUCGUGUUUUCUCCGCGGAACGAGGCUGAGAGAGGGUUCAGUGUGUGUUUCUCGUCUCUUGGUUGACUUCGUGAGCGGGUUUUUCGUGUGUUUGGUUGUUGCCGGACUCAGAGGUCGUAGUAGGCACAAUGACGUUGACUGUCCACUUCAGGCGCGCGGAAGGAUUAUUCGCGCUCGAAAUAUCGAUACAGUGAUGUUCACGACACAUGGCGCUGCUGAACUGGUUUGGGCUUCCAGAGAGUCCGAAAUUGGCUUUCUCAAUGGGACAACUGACAUUUCUCCCACCUUAGUAACCACAGCGGAGCCCAAAAGUAACGAGUCGUGUGGGGAGCAGCAGACCCUGGACUUGGACUUGACUAAGACAGUGAUCAUUGGGAUGAUGCUCAGCACCAUCACCGCGGUCACUGUGAUGGGCAACACGCUGGUUGUGAUCGCGGUGUGUGUCGUGAAGAAACUCAGACAGCCCUCAAACUAUUUGCUUGUAUCUCUGGCCAUAGCUGAUCUGUCUGUGGCAGUGGCCGUGAUGCCCUUUGCCAUCGUGACUGACCUGACAGGAGGCGUCUGGCUGUUUGGGGAGGUUUUCUGCAACAUCUUUGUUGGGAUGGAUGUCAUGUGCUGUACAGCAUCAAUAAUGACACUGUGUGUGAUCAGUGUGGAUAGAUACCUUGGAAUAACACGACCUUUGACCUAUCCAGCGAGACAGAAUGGACAGCUGAUGGCCAAGAUGAUAGUCGGUGUCUGGUUGGUAUCGGCAUCCAUCACUCUGCCGCCGUUCUGCGGCUGGGCUCAGAACAUCAACACUGCGGGAGUGUGUCUGAUCAGCCAGGAUGUAGGCUACACCCUCUACUCCACCGCUGUGGCCUUCUACAUCCCAAUGGUGGUCAUGCUUUUCAUGUAUUACAAGAUUUUCAAAGCUGCCCGCAAAAGUGGGGCCAAACACCACUUCACCGCCCUUCCCCCAAUUCAGAUGGCCUGUCCCGAUCCAGCGUUGGCCACCGUAGAGGGGCUCUGCAUGCAUGGGAUGAAGAACGGCACAGCUACUGAAGAGUUUUCCACCCUCUCCUGCCUCUUGAACCGCGAACGGCGGUGUGCCUCGAUUUUCAGGCGCGAACAGAAGGCAGCCACCACCCUUGGGGUGAUCAUGGGAGUGUUUUCGUUCUGCUGGUUGCCAUUUUUCCUCUUCACCACAGCGCGGCCGUUCAUCUGUGGCCUGCUGUGCAACUGUGCCCCCGUCUGGCUGGAACGGGUCCUGCUGUGGCUGGGCUACACCAACUCGCUCAUUAACCCUUUCAUCUACGCCUUCUUCAACCGAGACCUACGUUCAACUUAUAAAGACCUGCUACGCUGCAGAUAUCGAAACAUUAAUCGCCGACUCUCGGCUAUAGGAGUGCAUGAGGCUCUAAAGCUCUGACUGCUCACAAUCUGUUUAUAUGAUGGGAUGGUGCAAAUAUAUAUCUUCUUGACUCUUCUACAAGUUAAGCAGCACAGUUUGGAGAGAAUUUACUGGGAAUUACAAUAAUUCUGAUUCACCAAAAACGCUCUAAGAUUGUAAAGUUUCCAACCUAGGCUCAGUGGAAAAUUGUCCCUCUACCCACCUGCAAAACUCCAAAAAUGUUUCUAUACAUGCAAUUCACUGAAGACAACAUCAAUAACUUUUAUUCCUUUUCACAAAAAUUAUGAUUAUAGGGCAGAUCAUUGGCUAAUAAAGACUUAUUUUCACUAGGUUCCUUGUACAAUACUAUAAUAAAACCUUUUUAUUAACAAUUACAUACUCACUUAUAUAUAUUUUGAUGUUUGUCUCACAGAAGCAGCUCUAUGUGCAUGGCUGUUCUGGUAUAGUAAGCUUGCUUGGUAGCCCACCUGGUACACUGAGUGAUGCACUUGCAUUUCAGAGCACUUGGGUGUGGGUCCAGUGAAACUCAAAUCAUGAUAAAAGAAGCAAGCUACUUUGGCACUAACCAUGCCAGUUUUUAUCUCACGUUAACAAAAUAGCUGGGGUGCUGCUAGACCCUUAUCGUUUAACAACCUGAGAAUCAAAAAGGGUGCUGGAUGAGGUGAAAAUUUACCUACAAUCCAUUUUAGGAAUGAUUUUAUGUGAUAGAACAUUUACAUUUUUGAACAUUUUUGAACAUUUCAUCACUUUAAAGUGUUGCGAGACUCGCAAGAACCAGUGUAAAUUCACUUUGCAAAAAAUGUCACCUCAGGGACAUUUUUUUUUCCAGUGAGCCUGGGUUGAAAGUUACUUGUACCCACAUUCAACUAAUCUUAUUCUAUUUUGUGCAAUGUUCUUUUCACUGUCCAUUCUGUACAUUUCCAGCUUUUAUGCUACGUAGCAAGUUUGUCGUGGAGGUCACAUGGAGGUCAAAUCAUGAUGUGAGUCAUAGGGAGAGUAAAAGAGCCUUAAUGCACAGCAAGAUAAAUCUGUUGUUCAUGUGUAAAGCCUUGAAUUUUACAUGAGAUGAUAAAAUCUUGAUAUGAGUGACAAGAUAUAUGGCCUUUCAUUUUAACAACAUAGCUAUGAAAUCAUACACAAUACCUAGGCCAAAAAAGUUAAUAAAUAAAAUAAAAUAAUAAAAGUAAUAAUUAAAGCAAGAUGGCGAGGUAGUCAUUUCCGAGUUUCAUUGAUUGCUACAUCAAAAAUUUGAUGGCUUGCUUCAGGUACUAUGUAAAUCUGCAUGAAUGUGCAUUGCUUUAUCAACCCUUUAAAAUUGUCAUGACAUUUUUAAUUUGGAAAUUAAAUGAGUAGAUAUUAGGCCUGUUUCACACUGCCUUAUUGUCCUUUGUUUUGGAAUUAAAUUUUUCCAAUGUAAAAGUAUGUUGUUGUCUGUGUUUUAGUGUGUAUGCUGUAAUGUAAUCUGAACUGUGAAAGACACUGAUUGACAAAGGGUUUUGUAUAAAGUAUAUACAUAUAUUGUGACAAGAUGUGCUGAAUAUUCAGUUUAGAAUUUGAACCUCAUAUUCAACAUAUUGUCAGUGAGCUUGUGUCAGUAUUCUGCUUGUACAUGCUGUGCAUUCAGUGUUUGUUUUGGAAGAUGGUGUACAAAUCUAGCUUUCUCAACACUCAUGUUUUCUUAAUAAACA